UCAUAUUAUUAUUAUUAUUAUUAUAUAAGUACGAACUUCUAGAACAAGAUAAGAUAUACAAGUUACAACGAAGACAACAUGCAAUUUCGAGUUUUAUUUUUCGUCUUAACGUAUUGUUUUAGUGCAAUACAAGGUACACCACUGCCAGGUGCUGAACCCCCAGCCCCAUUAUUGGAUGCCAUCGAAGUCCCCCCACCACAGAUUACUGAAAGUGAAUUAGCGACAUUGGCCGAAUCCGGGGUGCUAACACAUACUAACCGAAACGGAGGGGCAACUGGAGAUCCGCGCGGGUGUGGCCAGGAAUGUCCGUUGGGUUACAAAGUUGUUGCUGGAGUAAUUACAUGCGAAUGCAAGCACGAAGGAACUUACGAGGGAGACAUGCGGGUUUCAAAUGAAACCUAUCACGAGUUUCUCCGGAUGUUCGGUAUGGAUUGCGAAGAGCAUAGAACAAGAGGUGCCAGUCUCAGCAACGCGUGGCCCAAAACCGGAUCCUACGUUUACGUUCCUUACACAAUCAAAACCGGCUUCACGACAGAGCAACAGACCAAAAUCCAGGAAGCUAUAAACGACUUUGCCACUCGAACUUGCAUUCGGUUCGUCGCUCGAACUGCAGAGGUUGCUCACGUUGAGUUCACACCCGGUUCGGGUUGUUCUUCUUUCCUUGGCAAAACUGGACGCAAACAAGCGAUUACUUUAGCUGGCGGUUGCUUUAGACCCGGAACUGUUCGUCACGAAAUGAUGCACGCACUUGGUUUCUACCAUGAGCAUUCGAGGGCAGAUAGGGACAACCAUGUAGAAAUAAAAUGGGAUAAUAUUGCUUCCACAUACGAAGGCAACUUCCGUAAGAUUGCUGUUAGCAACUGGAAUAGCUACGGCUCACCAUACGAUAUUAACUCAACAAUGCAUUACGGAGCUUACGCUUUUGCCACUGACAGAAGCAGACCUACGAUUGUCGCCAAAGCUGCUAUCCCGGCAGGAAUAACCAUGGGACAAAGAUUGGGAUUCUCGCCACAAGAUUUGUUCCAGAUUAACGCAAAAUAUGGAUGUUCAGGGUACACAACAAGCACUGGAUCCACUACAAGCACUGCACCGACGACAACAACAACGACUGUCCCAACAACUGCAGCUUGCAUUGAUAAAAACACUAACUGCCCAACAUGGAAAACUCAAGGAUUCUGCACAGACAGCCGAUACGUGAGCUACAUGCAAAGUUUCUGCUACAGAAGUUGCAGUAGCUGUGCAGGCACAACAACAACAACAACUACAACGGCACCCACCACCACAACCACAACAACCACACCCGCGCCUACGACAACUACUACUACCACGACAGCUGGUUCAACUUCAACAACAGCGGGUUGCUCCGACAAUCACAGAUACUGUGCUGCGUGGGCACGUCAGAACUUUUGCACCACCGGCGCUUAUAUAAACUACAUGAGAAACACGUGCCCAAUGAGCUGUAACAUAUGUACUACUGGUACUACAACAGUCGCUGCAUGUACAGACAAGGCAGGGAGUUGCAACGCUUGGAAACAAGCCGGUUACUGUACAGGAAGAUACGCAACAUACAUGGCAACAAAUUGUAAAUCCAGUUGCGGUUUAUGCGCAAAUGCAGUUACUACGACAACCACCGCAGCACCAUGCGUCGAUAAAAGCACACAUUGUGCCGCAUGGGCAGCACAGCAAUAUUGCGUGAAGGACUUCGUGAACUACAUGCGUGCCAACUGUCGGGUCACCUGUGGUUUAUGCGGAGGUCACACAACUACUCAAGUAGCUACAACAACCGUAGCGUCAACUGGACUAGGUACCUACAAUGGUCAGUGUGGGAUUCCCAUGGUAAGCCUUCAGUUCCGAACACCAAGUCAGCGUAUUAUUGGAGGAACCAAUGCAAACUAUGGAAGCCACCCGUGGUUGGUAAACAUUCGCAGACUGACCGAUGUGAACAUAUGCGGCGGAACUCUCAUAGCCCCAAAUAAGGUCUUAACUGCUGCCCACUGCUUCGGGAAUAAUCGUAAUCCAAACGUCAAUUAUUACUUUGGAUUUUUGGGGAAGCAGGAUAGAAGGAUAAAUAGAGUCGACCGUGGACAAAGGCGAGUCUCAUUUGCCAGCAUUCUCAUUCACCCAAAUUACAAUCAUGCAACUACUGACAACGAUAUUGCAAUUAUCACACUCACCGAAUCUGUGACGUACAACAACUACGUCAGACCUGCAUGUUUACCCCAGCAGGACGAAACCCUUGCUGCCAGAACUUCGGGCGUUGUAGCUGGAUGGGGAGACGUUAGUGAUGCCGCUAGUAACCUUGGAAGCGACAUUCUUCAACAAGCAACGGUUGAAGUUAUCGACAAUACCGUGUGCAACCAAUGGCUUAAAAUAUUCACCAAUAGAGACGAUGAAGUAACAAGCAACAUGAUGUGUGCGGGGUAUGAGAGCGGUGGUCGAGACGCUUGCCAGGGUGACAGCGGUGGUCCAUUGAUUAUAAAAGUAUCCAACAGACUCUAUGUGUAUGGUAUUGUAUCAUGGGGUUAUGACUGCGGAAAAGUAAGAAAACCUGGAGUCUACACGAAGGUCUCCAACUACGUCACUUGGAUCAACUCUAAUUUAUGAAGAGUUUUUCGACCUCGAAUACUCAGUGAACCUGACAUCGCUUCAAACGUAGACAUUGUAUAUUUUAACAUUUUAUAUAGUUUGUUAUUGUCCUAUGCAGGAUGCUGGCUUGUAUGUAUUUUUUAUUUCUAAUUAUGUAGCUAAUAUAUUUUAUACCAGGUCUGGAACCCUAACGGGUCUUCUGGACUAACGUUUUUUAUUCUGCACUGUCAGUCCCAGUUUAUAAUUUUCACUUUACUUAAUCACUUUCUAUUUACACCUCAUGUAUUUUUUUACAUAACCGAGUGCAAUGACCAACACUAGAAACGGGCAUUUUAUUUUUUAUGUAUGAAUUUUCUCAAUAUCACAUCGUGAUGAAUAAAGAGUAUCGCAUUACUGAAAUGUUCUUGUU